CCAAAACAACAAUCUUUUGUUAUUUGAUAUUCAAUUCGUGUAAAAAUAAAAAUUUGAAUUUUAAAAUCUCAGUCAAUACUUGAUAUAUGAAUGAGGUACCUUUUAACCUCUUCUAUACCAGCCCUGACACAAAGAAAGCUCACAGGAAACGUAACUUCUUUAAUACCCUAAACGGCUGACCCUUCUCGGACUCUCUUCUAACCUCGCCUGAAUAUUGAAAUUUAAAAGCUUUCUCAAACAAUCUCCUCGACUGGUGCUCUAUUCUCUGCUAGUAACUCGACCUGUUUCCCGAACCCGUCCCGCCUUUUAGACCCUUAAAGGCAACUCCUUUUCUUCCAAGAUGCAUAAAAAAUUGAAAGAAAAGAAAACCCAAAACGAAAAUGGCGACAAACCACCAGAGGACGCAAAUGGGACUUUCUGGACUGUCUGUCCGUACUGUUAUUACUUGUAUGAAUAUGAAGGCCUUUACGAGGAGUGUUGUUUAAGGUGUCAAAACUGUAGGAGGGCCUUUCAGGCUGUGGCUGUGGCUGCGCCUCCGGCGGGUAUGGUGGUGGAAGGGAAGGAACAAUAUUAUUGUGGAAUUGGGUAUUUCCCGUUGAAGUACAAUUUAGAGUGUUUCUUGGGUGACAAGAAAGGGAAAAGUGGUUUGACUGGUGGUCAUGAUUCUUUCUUGGAUGAAAAGAAAGAAAAAAAUGAGGGAUUUAGAUCUAGUUAUGAAAACUUGGUGGUAAUUUCUGAUGAUAGUGAUGAUGAUCUUAGCAAUAAAGAGCAAGGAGAAGACACAAAUGGGGAAAAUGGUGGUUUGGGCUUAGAAAGGUAUGUGGUGAAGAGUGGGGUCCAUGGAAAUGUCAGAGUUGUUGAAGAAGCAAAGUCUGUGAUGGAGGGGAAUGAGGGAACUGAAGUAAAAAAUGAUGGUGAAAAGGUGAUGAGGAAAGUGAAUUCAGUGGCAAGGAACACCAAGAAGCUAAUGGGGAGAGGGAAGAAAAAUAUGAAUCUCGAGUCAGGUGGAAAUCUUAUGAUGCCAGGGGCUGAAGAAACUUGUCAAGAAAGUGAAAAUGGAAAUGAACAUGAUCAAAGCAUAUUAAUUUGCAUUGAGCAGCAAACUUCAUGCCUCAAACAUAAGGAAGCUGAAAGGAAAAGGCGAGUUUGAUCAAUAAUGAGUAUGCUAACCAAGGGAACAAAGCAUCUUUGCUUGCAUAUUUCCUGGUGGGAACAGAAAUGUUGAGUGUAGAUUAACAAGAAGAGGCAAGGCCAAAGGCCUUUAAAGGUCAUGUUCAGCUGUAGAGAUAGUGACAAUUUGUGGUUGGACCUGGAAUGGUUUGUGGGUGCAGAUGCAGUUAGAUACACAUUCCUUUUAGGUUUGACAUUAUCUAGAAUCUGAACUACGCCCUCACCAUAUUUUGAAAUCUAAUAUAUCCCAGCUCUCUUUGUUUGCUUUGCUUGGUAUGACAUUCAUUUCUAUCUUUCAUGCCACGGUUCGAAUGUAAUCAGCUCAUUAUUGGACAAACAAAGCUAAAUAGCUGCGGUUCUUGCAUAAAAGGAAAGGUAUGGGACUUUGAUUCUCACAGAGAACCAAUGUGAGAAAUAGCUAGCUAUAAUUGUAGA